GUCGGUCGCGGUGUAUAGCGGCGAUAGCGAAUCUACCCGUCCCGCUUUAUUACCACCGAGGGACGCGAUUGGUCCGUUUAAUGCGCGCAAAGCCCGCUAGUAGCGUACCGAAAACUUGAUGUAGGUUCGAUUUUUUCGACCGGCGCGCACACGUCUCGUCCCGAGUCUAUCGUAUAACGCACACGCUCUCAGUUUACUCGUUCAUUAGUCGAAAUGCCACCCAAGACAAGCGGAAAGGCAGCUAAGAAAUCUGGCAAAGCCCAGAAGAACAUCUCCAAGUCUGACAAGAAAAAGAAGAAGCACAAGAGGAAGGAGAGCUACGCCAUUUACAUCUACAAGGUGUUGAAACAAGUACACCCCGACACCGGUAUCUCUAGCAAGGCCAUGUCCAUCAUGAACUCGUUCGUGAACGACAUCUUCGAGCGUAUCGCCGCCGAAGCAUCGCGUCUCGCUCACUACAACAAGCGUUCAACUAUCACAUCGAGGGAGGUGCAGACCUCCGUGAGGCUCCUUCUGCCCGGUGAGCUCGCCAAGCACGCAGUAUCCGAGGGCACCAAGGCCGUAACCAAGUACACCAGCUCCAAGUGAAGCGUCCACCGACCGACUACAUACACAGGCAGACGACUAAAACAAUCUGCCGUGCGUGUGUGUUCGCGCCAAACGUACAA